AUGUCUUCGGUACACCAACUUGAUGGUGUCUCCCAGUUACAGCAGGCUAAAGCAGCCGCAACCGCAAAAAUAGAGGCAGCGAGAGCAAGUAAUAUCUCGCUUCUAUAAACGAAUUAAUUAGGGCGAAUAAUAAGAUUGAAGCAGGCCAAAGACGAGGCGAAACUCGACAUUGACGCCUACAAGCGAGAGCGUGAAGCAGGCCUUAAGGAGCUAGAACUUGCGGUAUGUCCGCCUUUCAGUUAAUUUUACUGCUCAUUCGUCAAGCUUGGGCAAAGCAACGCCGACUCAGAUAGCAAGAUUGGCACGUUUGCUCAAAACCAGAUAUCGAGUCUGCAUUUGUUGUAUACCCAAAACAAAGAGGCCGCGCUGCGAUCACUUCUGAAAGAGGUUUUAACAGUCACCCCUUCUGUCCAUCGUAACAUGAGGUGGUGACGCUUCCCCCUUCAAAUGUUUGUGGCUGUUCACAAACCUCCCGGGUCGUUUAUCCUUGUCGCCGAAAUUAACCACCUACUACAUUCCGCGCAUUCAAAUUUGGACAUUUUAAUGCUCUUUCUGGAUAGAUUCUCAGCAUCUCAACUACUCAGUUUGACUAAACUCCCGACCGUGUAUUUCCUAUCCUUGGAGUAAAUUUCAGCUCCCAUUAACUAAUUCGUGUUUUCGUAUUUAAUCGCGCACUGUCGUUUAAAUCCUUUCUAUACCCUCAGGACCGUUUGACUCUUUUCUUAGUUCUCUGUAUAGUAUUAUCAUUGCUCUAUGUUCUCAUCAACUUCCGUCUGCUUUCCAUGUUCUGCGACUUAACAUUUUCUCCACUGCAACCGCUUGUUUAAAUUUAAUUAGAAGUAGCUGGACCCGACCACGCGUUGCUGGGGCUCAAUCUGAUGAAAUAGAAAAGAAAGGGAAGAGGAAGAGGCACGUUUCUCGUGUGUUUAAUUUCAUUAUACGUAUGGCUAUACAAUGUAUUUUUUCGUUGCAUUGUCAGUGCAGAUAUAGAGAUUGUCUGGUCUGCCGACUCUGGAGCACGCAACAUAUAAUUGGCCAUGUGAUAAACAAUCCGUUUGCAGAUCUAAGUCGCACAACAUUGUCCAUGAGCCUUGUUGGUGGCGAUCGCAAACGCCAAUCAAAUCGGGGAUUGCAGUCUCCUAAAUCGAAAUGGCGCGUCAGUCGGAAUCAAUGCAAUGCAAGGAAUAAGGACAUGUUCACCUUUGAAAGGUCCUGUCAAGGUAGUCGCUUUCACGACGUUGCUCGUUAUUUUUUACUGCAAGUCGCGUGUCGUUGCAAAGCUUCGGCUGGUUAAUAUUUUUCGGCGUGGUAGUCGGCACGCCGAUUUUCAAAUGUAGUACUGCGGUAACGUCUCUGGUAGAUCAGGUGAAUUCAAAAUUUCUAGGGGAUAAUGAACUACUUCGUCUGCUUCCAGAGCAGUGUCGACAGAAGUGUAUGUGACCUUCUCGCUUUGAAUGUUAGACUGAAUAAUAUGGUUAAGUUGUUAGACAUCUUUGUUUUUGGCCGCAAGAAUAGCUCGUUCGCUCAGCCAAUCGUGGUUCAUAUAAGCGAGUUUAAUAUUGGGGAAUAUCUAAAUUACCUUAAUUGUCGAAUGUAAGUGGACACGCGUAUUUGUAGUUAAUUUUGACGUCUGGACGAGGCACCACAAAGCAGAGUAUUUUAGGCAGGCAUUUAUUUCGUCCGCUGGUGUCAAUCGAGGAAUUGCAGGCAAUGUUUGCCUAAAGUUUCCUGCAAGCAGUGGCAAUGCGUCUCCAAACGGUCUGCUGUUUCCGCGCAAGUUUAGCAACGAUCGAUCAAAAGCCUCAAGCGUUUUUGUGUGCCAUUGUACAUUCAUCUCAAACAAUAAGUUUACAUUUCUACGGCACUUUUCCCAUGCCGAAUGUAUUUUAAAUUUUGUAUGCGGGAGUUUAGAUUAAUUGCACGUUCAAAGGCAAUCACAAAGUGGAAUGAGCAGUUCUUCCGCUUGGUAGCAAGGUUGCAGCUUAUCCGGACGACGGAAGAGCUAAUGCCAUACCAUUUUUGGAUCGAAUUGCUGCCAGAAUCAGUCUUAUCAGGAAAGUUUUGCCAGUCCUUCCUGCCGCGUCUAAGAAGAUUCCUCCAGUCCCGUUGUUGAAAGUCCGCAUUAUUUGCUCCUAAAUGCCUUUCUGCUCCAGUGUUAGCUUACGAACGUUUGAUUGCAGAUACGACAGAAGAUCAACCGUGUUAUAGUUUUGAUCACGGCUCAAAUUUACGUUUAAAGAAGCAGCAGCAGAUCGAUUUGAUGAUGCCUUUCCCAGUUGAUUAAGAACUCUGUUCGAGAUUCCCACGCACAUAUCCUCGAUCAUUAUUAACGCCUCGCUGCAGAUUUCUGUUGUGAAAUCCGCAUUUAAAUCUUCCUUGCGCAGUCGACGAAAGAUAUCUUCAGCCAUGUGUGAUCCACUGGCCGAGGCGGGGAGAGGGGGUGGUGUUAACUGCAUCCAGUCUCGUCCGACAAUCCCCGAGGGAGCGCCAACAGCCCCACUGUGUGUGGCCAGUCUAAGUGGCGUCCAGGAGUUGCAUGAUUUUUUGUCUCAGGGGUGGUAGGCCUAACGACUCAUAUUACAUCGACCCUGGGGAGGGGGGAGAGGGCAUGUUCAAGUGCCUUCAGGGAGUAGCGAGCGCGGCCGUCGGAACGUGUGUUUUUGAGCGGAUGUCGGACAAAGUGGCUCAGGGGCGAGCGUUUGUCCGAGUGGAUGCCGAACACCGACGUCGGUCAAACAUUAGAUCCUCGUCUUUAGGGCUUGGCGGAUGCCAAGGAGGCAGUGAGGGGUGAUCGGUACAGUCUUACCACCCUUGAACAAUGCGUUUGGAAGUCUUGAGUAUCGUGACCAAGUGUUACAGUGUACAGGGACCGGAUAUAGGAAUGAUAUACCUGACGCCGACGCUGAUAACGGCUGUCGCCUCCAUCAUCUGCAGUCGAAUAAAUUCAGGCCAUAAAGUCAACCGGUCGGCGCAGGUCAUUAUUUACGAUAAACCACUGGACAGAAGCAUGAGACGUAUAAUAUUCCGGCAAAUGUGGCUGGACUGAGAACCGGUCUUGGUAGGUUGCCGGAUGCUUGUUUGUUCUGACCGUGCAUCUUGCCGCGUUGGCUGUUCAGACAUCUCCAUCUAUCCAUUGGCACCCUUGUGUAUACUGGGCCAGCUGACCAUGUCCGCAACCACCACUGUCACUCAUCCUGAAUGCGUGGGUUUUCGCUGUGAAGUGCAGGACGGCGGCGCAAAGAAUGCAACAAAUCAACGAUGGGCACUACUGAGAGAUCCAUAGGAUGGCACCGUCACCCGUUUUCAACGAGAUAUCAUUGACUUGUAUAUUGUUCACAUCAAUUUUGCCAGAGUAGCUAAUCUUUCAUUGUUCAGCAACCCCCUUUUUGAAGUGGGAGUUUUAAUCUAAAUGGGACUGUUUCUAACGGAAUGAGUUAGUGUGACUGCAAGGCGCUUGUAAUCCGUGAGAACGUUGAAGCCUGGCCGCGAAAUAAAUACCAGAAGUGCUUGCUGCCAAGCAUCUGCACCCCACCGUCUCACUCCGUGGGAGGUGAGACUCGGGAGGAAAUCGCUACAAAAUGAGUCAAACUUGGGAAGACUAGAUGGGGUGUCGCACCAACGGCUCUGUUUAAGGCAAAUCCCUUAGAGAGAGAAAGAGAGAGAGGUGCGCACGGAGCUGUGGUUUAGGAGACAAAGGAGACUGGAAUGGUCAUCCCUGACUUAUUAGCUGCCGUUAACCAGCGAUACCCAAAUCCGAAGCGUGCAACCCCUGGAGCUCGGUCCAGCGACGUGUUGGUUAUAAGUCCAACGCCCUAAACACUGAGCCAGGGACCCGUUAUCCUGUCGGUUGCGGUUGGACAUGUACAAUAAUAGAGUGGCGCCCACCGGUCGCAUUACGGGACUCGCUCGUCCCGAUGUGCCUUGGGGCUCUCGUCCGAGCCCCACCAGAAGCGGCCCAACGGCUCGUAAUAUAGGCAGAGUAGCAAAACAACAGGCCGUGGGAUCUAGCCCCAGGGGUUACACACCUCGGGGUUGGGUAUGGCUGGCUGACGACGGCCAGUAAGCCAGAAAUGACCAGUCUCCUUUGUAUUUGUAAAUAAUGCUAUUCUGUUCAUAUUACGUGCCGCUGUGCGGCUGCUGUCGGGGCUCUAGAGGGAACCCCAAGUCACAAAAGGACAAAUGAGUUCCGAAACGCGAUUGGUGAGCGCCCCUCAACAACAAUCACAACUGCCUAUGGCACUAAUAACGAUACGUCAAAACCUAAAGCAAGGUGGUAUCGGUGAAGUGUGGCAGAAACUCACGAUAGAUUAUAAAGCUUAUGAAUUGUUGCAGUUGAUACUUAUAGACCGGAGGAGGAGUCGAGAAUAGCGGGGCUCAUGAGAUAAGAUUGGAUGUCGCUGAAUUCUGCCUGAUGGUCAGGAAAUCCAAAUAACGUGAGUCAAAUAGGGACUUGAAGGGCUGUGGUGGUGGUGGUGGUGGUGGUGGUGGUGAUGAUGAUGAUGAUGAUGCUUGAUUCCGCACAUGAGGAUGUGGUAGCACGCCUAGGCGUGGGUUUUUUGCCACGCCUGUUAAUACACCAAAUCCCGAGUACCGGCUCGGCCAGCGGAUUCACACAGGGGAGAGGAAAGAGAGAGUGAAGUCGGCUCUGAUGAACCCAUCCCCACGGUACACCAGAGGAAUUCUCACUGCGAAAAAUCCUACGCGCUAAAAGUCGUGACGUGGAAGGCCGCCAACUGACUAGGUAACUCGGUCGUCGGAGGACAGAGAGUCGGGCCCAACAUCACCUUUCUAAUGUGAUCUCUGCUGCACUCUCACUCAGGUGAGCUAUUUGUCGCCCCUUUACCUGAAGACCUGAUGCAUCGUGUGGCGACCAGGUCAUUGUGGUGCGCAUUGACGGGCUGUCAGCCACUGCACCCGAGGGCGACUCCAGUCGUCUUGACCCUGUCUUGUCACCGGGUCCAGCUGGGUGGGAGAAGAGAGCGUGAGGUGAUCCUACGUAAGUCUGCUAUCAGCAUAAAUCAAUCCACACGCAAGUCUGUCCUGCGUCCACCAUGCUGAGGGGCAGGCGAUGAAAAUUGCCGUAUGAGGCGGCCGGACUGUCGCUGGUGGGGUUAUGAUGAUGAUUAUGACGACGAUAAUGAUGGUGGUGGUGGUGGCGGCGGGGGUGGUGGUGGUGGUAGUGUUUGCUAAAAUUCGGUGGCAAACUAACCGCCCAUAAUGGUUGCUAAUCGUGCUUGCCAGAACUGAAACACGCCGACAAUGGUUCGUUUUUACAGACAUACACAAAAGGUUCCCAACAAAACACUGUACCCCCACGAUUCUGGGAGUUUUCUCAGACAGCGAAGAGGACACAACAUGUGAAUACUACCAAACACUGAGAUUCUUACUGGCACUCUUUUUGGUGUCAUAAAAUUAUGGUGGGAGGCCCAAACCAAGUUGAUUUUCGAGAGCACAGUCUUGUUGAUUAAGGAAUGGAAAGCAACACAGGAAGUGCUUAUACUCAACGUGUGAUGGUCGCCACAGGACGCCAGUCGUGACCUGGGGAACAAAAUGCAAGCUUGAAUUCCAGGGGGUUACAGAUCGAGGAAGCUUUGCCAAUUGUGCUUGGAAUCAGUUUUGGUUGCGGCUAAACGGGUGCUACCAUGACGACGAGACCUAUGGUAGUAGAGAGAGACAGUCUGUUGCUUGACUAUGGUUUAUCACAUCGUACAGUGGCGGGUAGCGCGCAUGUCGGAACUCAGUGGGGCUACUAUACUUGUUGAGGACACUCUGAAAUACAUACCAAGGGUGACGAUGUGGCUGGAGGACUCUGAAAAAAGGGAGAACUCCGAUGGAGAGAAUGAUGGCCUAGCUGUGCCGAUAAGAUUGCCGACUGUUAACUAAAAGCCCUAAAGUGGGGAUAAACUAAGCCUCAAUUAGGACAUAACGUCAGCAUCAGUCAAGACGCCGGAGACCGGUGCAAAAUCUUAAGGAGAGAGACCUGAGGGUCUGGAGGAAAAGGUGCAGGGUGGACAACCCGACCUGAUCGGUAGUGUAGAUAAGGAAACAUCUGCAGCACCUGGUGUUGCAGAAGUUGAAUAUGCGGUCGGUGUCAUGGUUGCUAUAAAGUAAUGUCACUAACAUCCUGACCAGUCCACUUUCUUGACUUUAUCAGCAAGAAAAUUGGAGGUACUGACGCCGGCAACCUUAUAGUUCCGGCUUCUGCCUCCGUGUGGGUGAGAAAUUCCGGCAUCCAACAGGAGGCUUGCUUUUUGAGGCAGCAACUCAGUAGUUACCUAGCAACUGCUUCAUCUCAUGUUGUCAUUCAAGACUUGGUACACACCCGGAAAAUUCAGCAAAGACAUGUGGAACUUAGUAGCUACCCCUAACUUACUUUCCGUCUUUAGCUAGCUAUGCAACAAUUCUAAGCUAAACAUCUGAGAUUUCAGGCCAAGGCAAUUGCUUGUCUUUUAUUGGAGCCAAAGACUCCGCCCUAUCAGCCGAAGACCUACGUCAUCCUAGUGGCGAUUUGAAUUACGAAAAUUCACACGUUGUGGACGACUCACGUAUCAGAAUCCGAAACGUCAAGCCGGUUAAACUCUUGUUCCAGCGAUCACAUCUUCUGAACCGCUUCUAUAUACACACCCCUUUACUUCUAUCGACAAUACCAGGUUUUGAAGAAGGAGCCACGAUCGCUGGGACAAGAGCUUUAUUAGUCUGACAUUUUGGAUUCCUGCUCGAAGCCAUCAUCAGAGACGACAGCAGAUACGGGUGAUUCAUUCAUCAGAGGCUGCAGUAUUUACAGGAUGCAGUCGCCAUGCUACCGCAUUCCUAUCAACAUUCACGGCUCCCCCUUCAUCCGGGAUCGUUGCACGUGGUGUGUUUAUUGCAUGAUGGCCGACACUCGCGUCGUUAAUUGCUGCAAUUUCAUCACGUGCGUCUGAUUUUGGUGUGAUGAUUGCUCAACUAUCUGACGCACUGACGCUGGUGUUGGGAAAAGUGUUCUCCUGGGCGCUCCCCGCGUGGUCAAUUAUUCCGCCUAGGCGAAGUCUCAGCACCGAGUAUGGAAGGGGAAGGUCAUUGCACUUGUUAAUGGACUGGGGGCCAGUAAACCAUGACUCAAGCAGCUCACGCGGUUUUCACCUCUUGCGAGAAUUUCGGUCUCCUCGAGUUUGAAUGUAUGGCCGAAUCUCAUCGAAUGAGCCGCAACUUGAGAGCUAGCGUCAUUUCUCCGCACCGCUGCAGCGGAUGAUGGUGUGUUCGAGCAGGAAUCCGAAACGUCAGGCUAAUAAAGCUUCUGUCCCAGCGAUCGUGUCUUCUUCCUCUUCUUCCUUUUUCUUCAAGACUGCUUCCCGUUACUCGUUUCUUUGCUUCUAUUGGCAAUACCAGGUUUUCACAUAGAGGGGGACGGCUCGAUCUCAUGUUCAUGAAAGUGUCAUAGAGACCCUACUAAGAAGGUACCAUCGGGCCUGACCCCUAGUCCUACGGCCAGCCACCCUGCAAAAAUACGGUACUGACCACGAGAACCGAGUUAACAAAUCCUCUGGCAGUCACGACAUUUAACACAUCGUGAGAGAAAUCGAAUGUGCGGAAGCACCGCAUGGGCAGAUUUAUGGAGAUACGAGGGUCUGCAAUACGAAGAUCCCAGAUCAAAAGACACGCCAUGGCAGUUAAGUGGGCAAACCCUUACUAUGACCAAUAUGAGCGUCGUCAGCGUCGAUUAAUAUCCCUCUCUUCACCGAUUGCCGUAAUUAGACGAGGUCCGGGCGCAUGUGCUUCGGUUGACAGUUGCCUGGAGAGAACGCUUGUUGCUAAUGCUUGCUGAGCUGUGUGCAUACUACAUCAAUUCAGUAAACCAAGUCCAUCUAAUUGUCUCCCCUGCUUUCUGAUUCGGAAACCUUCAUUUUUUCGAGAAUCUUACGUCGACAAGUGCUGACUCCUUCCUGAACACCCGACGUUUUCCCUCUCAAUUUGCGAUAUGACCAGGCGUUGGAAACGGACAAUUUUUCACAAGAAGUGUGGCAUAUUUUCGCAUUCGCUUCUGGCAAUCCUUCGGUCUCACAAUUCACUCAGAUGUCUUAACUGCUGGUGGAGAUGCACGGAUUCGUCAGGUCCUCCGUUGCCGUACUUUCAACUACCUUAUCUUUUCCCACGCAUUCUCUCUCGAACUUGAGGCCACAGAUGGGGAGUGUCGCACACAAUUCAGCCUCCCUACCAUCUCGAAGCGCAUUGAAGCCAUUCACGCGACAUCCACUUCUUUACCUUGAUUCAGCACAUCAACCAUUCUCCGGUAUCAUUUGACAUCUGGUGUCAACGCUUGUUGCUGCGACUCUUCCUGUUCCAUCACCUCAGGGCAGAGCUCACGGAUGGAACAGGUUGGCCCGAAGAUCAGUGCUGCCGAUCUCCCUGCCCCCCCCCCGGCACCGAUCGCACUUGAUACAUCUGCGAGCCCAGAUCAGUGUGGUUCUUCCCACUACUACCGACCGCUACUGUCCUAAUCUUAGUCUGCAUCUCCGAGCUGCGAACUGUUCCCUCAUUCAGAGGACGAAGAUGCGAUCACUGAAACAAGAAAUGUAUUGGUCCGACGUUUCGGAUUCUCACUCGAACCCAUCAUCAUUCUCCCCCCAUUCCCGUUCGCUAGCCCCUCACCCUGAACAUCAGGUCUUCGUCAGUCGUUCUCCAGGAUAUCGGUGAUCGCUGUUAUCCUUACACAAUCCCCGGCUCGGACAUUCUAGCACAGUUUGGCUUUCUUGUGGAUUGCCGGUGUGCCCGACUACUAGACCGCACUACUAGCCUAUCUGUUCGUUGGUUGCCUCUCUUCAUUACCUCCUGCAACUUAUCUGUUAUGGAUACGAAUAUUUUUUGCCCUUAUCGGAGGCUUCUCCUGCAACAUCCGAACAUCAAACACCAGUUUCACAGUGGCAAGAUCCAACACGAUGUUAUGCAGCACAUCCGCAUCUAUGACCCUCCUAUGUUCGCUCGGGCUAGACAACUAGCCCCGGCCCGCCUGCAGGCCGUGAAGGCGAAAUUUGAACACAUGUUGUGA